AUGAAAAAUCAAUUUAAAGAAAGAAAUCAUUUUUAUAUUAGAGUUGGCAAAGAAUAUGUAAUACCGUUAUUGUUAAUAUUACAUGAUCACGAAAAUUUUACAGAGCUUCAAUUCCAUGAGCUAAUUACAGUCACCCAGGGUAUUUUAAAGAAUCAUUUUUCAAAGAUACGAUACAGUUUUUAUUCAACCUAUUUAACCACUGAACAAUCAUCCACUUCAAAGCCACUAUACUUAAAAGAUAUAGGCUUUACUUUUCGGUUUGCCACAACAUAUCCCAAAUAUGCAAUUGUAGUAAAAAAUAAUUUAGAUACAAUACACCAAAACGAUUUAAAGAGAAGAGAGGAAGAAAAGAAAAGACAAUUAAAAGAAUUAAAAAAUGAUGAAAAUGAACAUGCAGAAGAAAAUGAAAAUGAAGAAAAAGGAAAUAUAGAUAUUGUAGAAAUUAUAGAUACAGAUAAAACUGAUCAAUGUACAAUCGUCAUAGAUGAAGAAAAUAGUAACAGCUUAACCGAUGAAAAAGAAAAAGAAAAAGAUAUAGAAAAUGAAAAUGAAAAAGAUAUAGAAAACGAAAACGAAAAUGAAAAUGAAAAUGAAAAAGAAAGUGAAAAAGAAAAGAUAGAUGACAGUGACUAUGAAGCGGAUGAAGAGGAUGAUAUAGAAAAAGAAUUUACAUUACCAAGUAAGAAGAAAACACCAACUAAAAAAAAUACAAAAAAAAAGAAUACAAAAAAGAAAGAAACCAUUGACUAUAGUAAACAAUCAGUUUUAUCAAAUCCUAUAGAAAUUAUUGAAACCAAGUUUGAUAGAGAAGAAGAUGAGGAGAAUAAUAAAACAACUACUACAACCACUACAACUACAACAACCACUACAACAAUUGACUUGGAUAAUGAAGAUGAGAAAAAUGAAGAUGAGGAAGAGCCGUCAUCACAGGACGUUUAUCUAGGUGGUAUUUAUCAUGGGUUAACAGUUACAGGUCACACUUUAGUUAUUGAAACACAAAAUAAAAUUGCAGGUACAUCAAAACCAAUUGAUUUGUUUUAUUAUAGUGAUGAAGAGGAUGAUGGAUUCAAUUUACCAGAUUCAGAGUCACAGCUUUCGACCUCAAGCUCUAGCUCUAAAAAGGUUAAGAAAACAACCACAACCACCACCACCAAAACAAGCACAUCACCAAAUAACUCGACAAGAAGAAAAACCAAAUCAACUAUUGCAACUGGAAAUAACAGUAUUAGCACCUAUUUUUCAAACACUGGAGCUAAAAAAAAAUAA